AUAAAUAUCAAUGCUAGAAGAUGAGUUUCAGAGUAGUAAUAAGUUACCAGCUGACUUUCUCACAAAGAUACGUAAGAAGAAAGCCAAAGGAGUCGAAUCUGUUGUUCUCAUACCUUUCACAGAUGAAUAUUUUGAAGAACUCAUAGAUGGGUUACUAAAUGAUGACGACCCUGACUCUGUAAAGGAGUUCUUGUAUGGAAGUAAGGGACAGAGCAUCAAUAAGAGUAAAAUCCGCAGUAUGCUCUAUAAAUACUCAACUUCUAAUCAUAUUUACAAGCCUUUUCGAAUAUGUAUCAAAACUGUGUACAACUCCCUGAUUCCUAUUGGAACAGCUCAUCUAACUGCUGCGAAAGGAGCGAAUAAGAUCAACCUCCGCAAGUUUUACAUUGAGAAGAUGUGGAGAAAGAAGGGAUAUGAACAGAAAUCCCUCCUCUCUAUUGGCGAAUACUGCUUUAAUAAGCUUUAUUUUGAGAAAAUUUAUUAUUCCACUUUCUCAAUUAAUCAGCAAAUGAUCCAAUGAUGAAAAGAAGCUGGAUUCAAGUUUAACAAAACAACUGCUGCUCAAAAGGAUGACCCUACUAAGAGGCAUAUACUUUAUCUUUACAAGGAAGAUUAUGACACCUACAUAACACUAGGCAGUACAAUGAAAGAUGGCACUAAAGCUUCUUCGACAAUGAAGAGUAAGAAUUUAGGUAGUAGUUCAAAAAUGAGUCCCAAAGGCUCACCUUGAGAUUCUUCAUGAUAUAUCAGUCCAAUAAAAUGUAGUUCUCCAAAGAGAAAUGCUGUACAACUGCCUCAGAUAGCUUUUCAUAAAUCUCCAAGGUUGGAUAGUAGGGGUUCUAAACUGCCUGUCACAUUAUCCUCUAUGAAUGCUUCUCAAUAUACUUCGUUGCCCAAAAUAGUGUCGCCUAAUUAUUAUCAUCGAUCAAACCGCUACAAGAAUAACUCUUUGAUGGACUCUGUGGUUGCCAUGGAUGCUGAAAUCUUGAAAGAACGAAAGAGUCUUGAGAAUUUAAGACUUCAAUUAAGAGAAAAUUCUAUAUCUUUAGGAAUGUCUCCUCAGGCUAGCCGGAUGAGGAACUCCUCAUCUCAAUGAGAUAUAUACGACAAUAAGAUUAACCUUUCAAUUGCUCCUAAUGAGAUGUUCGAUACUAUGGAGAGGUCUCCCGCUAACUCUGAUAUGAAGAUUGUCAAGAACCCACUGAACAUUAAGAACAUGUUAAGGAGAUCUAGCCAGUUGUAAUUUACUAGAAGGAAGUUUUCAAUGACA